AUGGGCCCCAAGAAGAAGGGCGACGCCCGUGGAGGUCCCAAACCCAGGGACCUAAGCAAGCCAAAGCUGCGGCUGAACGGUCGGCAGAAAACGGCGAAGAAACCGCAGGCGCCCACCGAGGAGCCCAAGAAGGCCAUCUGUGAAGCAGAUGAUCGGAGGCGCCUCCUGGGACUGGCCAAGUUUGCCGGUGAAUAUGCUGUCGGAGCAUUGUCAGAAGCAGAAAUGGGAGAAGCCCGAGUAUACAAUGGUUACGUGUCGUCCGUCAUUCUGAAGCGCGUCGAUCCCAAGACUCGGGAAACCAUCACACUGCCGCCGAUGAGGCUGCCCCCGUCCCACAGGCACCUGGCGGCGCAAGCUACCGCGCUGGAAGCACGUCAUUUCGCUGCAACAUACGCGCUCUACCGGGUGUGUAACAUGCGAAAUCUGCACAUGAUGCUUCCACCGACGUAUAAAGAGCUAUGGAAGAAUGAGUUCGCCCAGUUAAAGGCGGCGGAUACAAAAGAAGGGAAGGGCUGGAUGUACGAAGCCGACCCGUUUCUGGCGAAACAAGAACGUGAGAGUGCUGCCGCAGAUCUGGAAAAGAAGCGGAAGGAGCGCGAAAAGACACAGGCCAAAUCGAAAGAGACCAGGAUCGAUUUGGGUCUUGGAUCGUCCGGUGGGGACAACAAAGGACGGAGGCUGUGGUCCAACGCCCCCAAGGUGGAUUUGGGGAGCAAAGCGCGACGGGAGAUUGAAGGGCUUCUGCGGCAACAUGCGAUAUGGAAUCCGUAUAACGUGCGAAUUCCUGAAGCCGAGUGCAAGACUAUCAUCAAUGAGUUUACGGGGCUCGGCUUUCGCCGCAGCCAUGUGGAAGAGGCCACUGCCGCAUGCAAGGAUCGCGAGGAAGUCCUCGAAUGGCUUCUUAUAUACGUUCCUGAAGAUGAUCUUCCUAGUUGGUGUCUGCCAGAGGGGUACUCCGCUGGCGUGAGUCUUGCCAGUGAUGACCUGGCAAGGGAGAGUAAGACCAAACGUCUUGCCUCUAUGGGCUAUCCUGCCGAUAUUUGCUCGCGGAUUUUGGACAGCAACAAGGGCGACGAGCUUGCGGCGGCCGAGUUCCUGCAGACUACUCUGGUACACGGUGAAGUUUCCCCAGUCGGCUCUACGUCUUCGGACGAAGACUCUUGGGACGAGGAACAAGAAACCCUGGAAGCUAUUUUUGGCGAGCGCUAUUCGCGACGAUCUCCCAAGGUCUGUGAGAUUAAGGGCGAGGAUUCGGACCUGUUCGAGGCUUUGAGCUUUCGAUUCCAGAGACCAUCGGGACAUUACCCGUCCUCGGUGCCCGUUAUCUCGAUUCAGGCCAAGAGCAUCCCUUCAUAUAUACGACUCAGCGCCAUCCGUCAAGCAGUGAAACAUGCUGAGGAAAACUUCCUCGGGGAACCAAUGAUAUAUAAUAUCCUAGACUGGAUGGAAAGCAAUCUACCAUUGAUCAUGGAUAACCCAGGCAAACUGCGCGACAUUUCCACCGUCACUGCAUCUCAAACGACGACGGGAACCACCAUGGAACUACCGACACGGCAGUCGCGUAAGAAAGCUAAGCAGCUCAGCUGGCAGCCAGAGUCUCCUCAGAGCGUCUCGCUCCGGGAGGCGUGGGAAGCUAGGCAAACUACCAAAGCGCAACAGGAAAUGACUCGGAAGCGCCAGUCGCUUCCGGCAUGGAACAUCCAAGACGCUAUAAUAAGUGCUGUGAACACGAACCAAGUCACUAUCAUCUCUGGUGAGACUGGUAGCGGUAAGAGUACCCAGUCUGUCCAGUUCGUGCUGGACGAUAUGAUCAGGCGUGGCCUGGGCGCCAUUGCAAACAUCGUGUGUACACAGCCCCGACGAAUCUCUGCCCUUGGUCUAGCGGAUCGAGUGAGUGAUGAACGGUGCUCCUCAGUGGGUGAUGAAGUCGGAUAUGUCAUUCGAGGAGACUCCAAGGUCAAAUCGGGCGUGACCAAGAUCACAUUCGUCACAACUGGUGUGCUACUUCGUCGGAUCCAAUCUGCAAGUGGCGCAGACGGCAAUGUUGCGGGCUCUCUCUCCGAUGUCACUCAUGUGGUAGUCGAUGAGGUCCAUGAGCGGAGUCUCGACACGGACUUUCUGCUCGCCCUCUUGAGAGACGUCGUCCGUCACCGCAAGGAUAUCAAAAUCAUCCUGAUGAGUGCCACCCUUGAUGCCGAUAUCUUCAUCAAGUACUUCGGUGGCCGUCAGAACGUGGGAUUGGUGAACAUCCCUGGUCGGACGUUCCCAGUCGAGGACUACUACCUCGACGACGUCGUCCGGGAUACAGGAUUCUCGCCCGAGCUGACCGAACGGGACUUCGAAGACGAUAUGCCGUCGUCUCAGGGCGAAGAGUCCCUCGGCAAGCUCCUCCGCAGUGUCGGCAUGGGCAUCAACUACGAGCUCAUCGCAUCCACCGUUCGAUACAUCGAUGCCCAACUGGGUGAUAAACCGGGAGGUAUUUUGAUCUUCUUACCGGGCACCCUGGAGAUUGACCGGUGUCUAAACGCCGUGAAACGAAUCCCCAAUGCCCACCCUCUCCCUCUCCACGCCUCGCUCCUACCAGCCGAGCAACGGCGCGUCUUCCUCGCCCCUCCAAAGGGCAAACGCAAAGUCAUUGCUGCGACCAACGUCGCCGAAACUUCCAUCACGAUCGAAGACGUCGUCGCCGUCAUCGACACCGGCCGCGUCAAGGAGACCAGCUACGAUCCGAAGGACAACAUGGUGCGACUAAAAGAAGUCUGGGCGUCCCAGGCGGCUUGCAAGCAACGCCGCGGACGUGCUGGUCGAGUGCGGGCCGGCACAUGCUACAAGCUCUAUACGCGCAAAGCCGAAGCCAACAUGGCCCCUCGCCCCGAUCCAGAGAUCCGCCGCGUCCCGUUAGAGCAGCUCUGCCUGUCCGUCAAAUCCAUGCAGGGCAUUGACGACGUCGCAACUUUCCUCGCAAACACCAUCACACCGCCCGAAAGCAUCGCCGUCGAGGGAGCCCUCAGCUUCCUCCACCGCGUCGGAGCCCUGGACCACGACCGACUAACCGCGCUGGGCCGCUACCUCUCCAUGAUCCCGGCCGACCUACGCUGCGCAAAGCUCAUGGUUUACGGCUCGAUCUUCGGCUGCAUCGACGCCUGCGUAUCCAUCGCCGCCAUCCUCACCGUCAAGAGCCCCUUCGUGUCCCCGCGCGAACGCCGCGACGAGGCCGACGCCGCCCGCGCAUCCUUCUCCCGCGGCGACGGCGACCUCCUCACCGACCUGGCCGCCUACCAGCAGUGGUCAGAGCGCGUGCAAGCCCAUGGCUACUGGCAGACACAGUCCUGGUGCUCGGCCAACUUCCUCUCCCACCAGACCCUCCGCGACAUCUCCUCCAACAAGGCCCAGUUCCUCACCUCCCUCAAGGACGCCAGCAUCCUCCCCGUCGACUACGCCGAGUCUGACCCGCGCUGGAACCGCAACUCCAGCAACCGCAGCCUUCUGCGCGCCCUGGUCGCCGGCGCCUUCCAGCCGCAGCUCGCCCAGAUCUCCUUCCCCGACAAGAAGUUUGCCAGCUCCGUCACCGGCACCGUGGAGAUCGACCCGGACGCACGCACCAUCAAGUACUUCAACCAGGAGAACGGCCGCGUCUUCAUCCACCCCAGCUCGCUGCUCUUCUCGGCGCAGAGCUACUCCGGCGCCGCCGCGUACCUCAGCUAUUUCUCCAAGAUGGCCACCAGCAAGGUGUUCAUCCGUGACUUGACCCCGUUUAACGCAUACGCUCUUCUUCUCUUCUGCGGUUCGAUCGAUCUGGAUACCAUGGGCCGCGGUCUGAUCGUCGACGGCUGGCUCCGCCUUCGCGGCUGGGCACGCAUCGGCGUGCUGGUUUCGCGUUUGCGGAUGAUGCUGGAUGAGAUCAUUGCCGCUCGCAUUGAUCGUCCUCCUACUCUGACCGCUGUGGAGGACAAGUGUGGUGGGACUGAUAGCACGGCGGAUCAGGUGAUUGAGGUUGUCAAAAGGUUGAUUGAAUUUAAUGGAUUGGAUCAGUGA